GCUGUUUGGCUGCUGUGUCCCUUAAGCUGCUGCAGCUGAGCUGAUUGCUAGACACACAACGCUGUAACCCCACAGGCAGCUCUGCACCUGCAAGCCCAGUCUCACUGACACCAAAAUGUCGUAUGGAUCACUCGCUGAGGGUACCUUCGGGAGAAAUGCUUUUGGUGGGCCGAAAAGACAGGGCUACCAGCCAGUAGCGACCCAGGUCAGCCCCACAGAGCUGCAGGAUGUGUUUCAAGAGACUUCUUCAAACAUCUUCCAGAUCAACGGAAACGUGCUGACCCUAGAGAAGAGCCUUCAGUCGCUCGGCACCUCCAGAGACACCCCAGAGCUGCGGGAGACCCUACACUCUACUCAGCAACAGACCAACAAAGUCAUUACCAGCACCAUCCAGCUCAUCCAUCAGCUCUCUGAUAUCAUCAGCAGCUCCUCCCGGCAAGACCAUCUACGACUCGCUCGUCUCAAAAGUGAAGUCUCCGAGUCCAUCCAACACUAUGGGGACCUGCAGAAGAAAAUCGCAGAGAAGUCCAGAGCCUUGCUGCCUCCGGCACAGAAAGAAAACAGACAGAGUCCUCGGACCCCGUUUGCAGACCUGUCUGAGGAUGACAGGAUCUUUGGCGGGGGUGAUGUGGCGGGGCAGAGCCAAGACGGGCAUGACGACCAGGCCUUCCUGUCGGAGAUCAGUGAGAAGGACGUGGAGGCACUGAGGCUGCGAGAGGAGGCACUGCUGCAAAUAGAGAGAGAUAUGCUGGAUGUGAGUCAGAUUGUGAAGGACCUGGCGUCAAUGGUACAUGAGCAGGGAGACACCAUAGACAGCAUCGAAGACUACAUCCAGACAACAUCCUCCAACGUGGAAUCUGCAAAUCAAGAACUUGCAAAAGCCAGUCACCACCAGAAACAAGCCCGGAAAAAGAAGUGCUAUCUCACCCUAGCAGGUGUGAUCGUGUUGGUUUUUCUUGUCAUUAUUAUUGCAGUGUCAGUUAGAAAAUGAACUGUCCAUCAAUGCAAUUCCAGACACUCCCUCCUGACCACAAUGAUGUUGUAGGGAAGAUAUUGUCGUUCAUCUCCCUCACUUCCUCCUUCUCUCCAUCCCGGACUUGUCCUUUCAACACUCCCCGGGCUCCACCGUCCCCUACACAGCAUCCUGCUUCUGCCUGUAGUCAUCUUCAAGAGAGGGAGAGGGAGAGGUGGGGCAACAACCCUCCCUUCAGGUUAAAUUUCCUCCUUGACUUCAACACAGCUCAGUGUAGCAUUGCAAUCUUUGUGAGGGACUGGAAUUUACCACACUGAAAUGCACAGGGUCCACAUGCACAGCGAUUUCACUGCACUGCGUUUAUUAACCAGGCAGAGUUAGACUGCAGUUUAACAAAUGCCUUGGGCCUGUGAUUUACAGCUACAGUAACAAUAUAAAUGCAUUAUCAAAGAAACAGGUCCAAAACAAAUAAUAUUAUUUAUUUAUUCACAGUCAAGCCAUGUUUUGUUUUUUUCAUAUGAUAAAUAUCCUUCUGCUAUAAUUGUAAUUGCAUGCAGUUGAAAGGCUAAAACAGAGACCAUGCCAAAGUUACCGCCAGCUCUUAUCGCUAAAAAAUGUAAUAGUGUGUUUUAUAGAACCAUUGAAAAUAAUUGUGUCUGUUCUGUGUCAUGUACAACCCCAAUGAGUUUAGUCACAACAACCCUAUUACAUGAAUGGUCUGUCUGACUGGGACCUCACUCUGCUGUUCUUGCCAGUGUCAUAAAAAGUCUGGAUUGGGCAAUUACUUGAGAUACAUGUUUUUAACUAUACCUUCCCAGGAGUCCUAGGUGACAUGGAAAAACAAGGUCAUUAUGAAUAAAACCAUAUUGAAGCAAUUGAGAUAUAAAUAUUUUAAACUAAGGGCUGGACCAAAUCAAACCCUGAUCGCUCUUGUGAAAGCGUGUUUUUGUGAUAACAUCGCUAGUUUUCAUAUCGCAUUUGUUUUACCACAAAUCCAAAACUAGCCAUUCCAAUCUCGAAAGGGGCGGAGAGAAGUUUUGCAGGAGUAGGCGGGACCGCCGAUAGCAACAUGAAAACAGCUGUUGACAAAUCCCCAGCCGGUAUUUGUGACCUUUUGAAGGGAUGGAAACAAGAUGAAUAGAACAUCCAAAAAACAUGUAACACUGUCGCCAGGAUCAUUACCUGUACAUAUUAUACAAUAAGAAGUCGAAUUAUUUGCUAUCCAGCACCGUGGGAAAAAAAAAAAAAAAAAGUUGAUUUUAGAUUUUUUGUUGUGGGUAGUUGCAUUAUUAUUAU